ACAUCAAAACACAUUACAUAAGCUACUUAAAAAAGAAUAAAGCUCAAAAUGGAAAAUUGUAAGGGCAGUCGUAUAGCAACAUUGGUCAUGAAUGCUUACUGCAUGGCCUUUGCUAUGAAUUUUAUGUUUCAUGUAACCAUUGCCUCGGAUCCUGCACUCCUUCAAGAUUUUUGUAUCGGUGUAAAUGAUCCUAAUUCUGCAGUGUUUGUGAAUGGAAAGCUUUGCAAGAACCCAAAAGAAGUGACAAUAGAUGAUUUCUUGUACAAAGGGUUUAAUAUACCUGCAGAUACAAACAACACUCAAGGAGCAAGUGCCACAAUAGUGGAUAUUACUCGAUUUCCUGCAGUUAACACACAAGGAGUCUCCAUGGCUCGUGUAGACUUUGCGCCAUAUGGACUAAACACCCCUCAUUUGCAUCCUCGUGGCUCAGAGGUUUUCGCAGUGAUGGAAGGGAUUAUGUAUGCUGGUUUUGUGACCACUGAUUAUAAGCUCUAUGAUACAAUUAUAAAAAAGGGUGAUAUUAUUGUGUUUCCACAAGGUCUAAUUCAUUUCCAACUUAAUCUUGGGAAGACAGAUGCUUUAGCAAUUGCUUCAUUUGGGAGCCAAAAUCCAGGGAGAAUUAAUAUUGCUGAUAGUGUGUUUGGUACUACUCCACGUGUUCUAGAUGAUGUUCUUACCAAAGGAUUUCAGGUUGAUGAGGUGUUGGUCAAGCAACUUCGUUCUCAGUUUUCUACUAACAACAUAUCAACAAGCACUGGAAGGUCAUUUCUGAAAUUGUUAUCGGAAACUUAUUGAUAUCUACAUACUAAUCUUGUAUGUAUGAGAUCAAAAACCUAGAUGGACUAAUUUGCAGCGAUUUAUGUAUCUCAUGUGAUCUUUUAUUUAGAUUUUCAUGGUUUAAUAAGUUGAUGGUUUGGUUUGAGUUUUACAGUGUUUUACGUUUUAUUUGUUAUUUAUAAGUCAUUAUUAUUGCUUUUAAAGAUGUUUGUAAUAAUGAUUGAAUCAUGAGAUAUACUAUUUGUGUGCUUACGUUAUUGCUUCA